AUGAAUGCCCUGGUAACGCAGUGCACUGGAAUGGGUAUACCAGUGCUGUCGUCACUUCCUACGUUGAGUGAAUUUUCAUUGAUCGUUGACGCAUUUUUCGGAUUCUCGUUCAAGCCACCAGUUCGAGAGCCGUUUGCCGAGAUUAUUGAGGCAGUAACAAAGUCCGGAAUAUUUGUCUUCUCCAUCGAUAUUCCUUCAGGUUGGCAUGUGGAAAAUGGUGCUCCGUCUGAAGGUCCAUAUAUUCAUCCACAUGGUAUUAUCUCAUUGACAGCGCCGAAAUUAUGCGUCAGAGAUUGGACUGGACCACAUUUUGUCGGCGGACGAUUUGUACCAAAACAGUUGGCCAAGGAGCACGGGCUGUUACUGCCAAAAUACCCAAAUGCUGAUCAGAUCGUGAAGUGCGAAUGA